AUGGCACGUGGCGGGGCAGACGUGCCAACGGUGACAUUCUCGCUGGAGAACACGCAGGCGGACGUGCAUGCUCUCGAGGUCGCCCUCUCGCUCUUUGAGACCGAGCUGCUCGUGCGCACGCCGCGGGGCGACCUGGAGAUCUCUUCCGGUCUGCUGGGCCGUCACAACGUGUCCAACAUCCUGGCAGCGGUAGCCGUCGGCAUCGCCAUCAACGCCCCCUUAGAGGCGCUCGUGCGAGGCUUGGAGGAGGUGGACGCUGUGCCGGGGCGGGCAGAGCUUGUAGAUGAGGAGCAGGCGUUUGCUGUGGUGGUGGACUAUGCUCACACGCCGGAUGCGCUCAGUCGGCUGCUGGAUACGGUUCGAGAGUGCGGGCCAAGGCGAAUCAUCACAGUGGUGGGGUGUGGGGGCGACAGGGACCGCGGCAAGAGGCCGAUGAUGGCCAAGAUAGCAGCGGAGAAGAGCGAUGUCACCAUACUCACAUCCGACAACCCUCGCACUGAGGACCCCUUGGGCAUACUGGAUGACAUGCUAGCGGGAGUGGGGUGGAGCAUGGAGGAGUACAUAGAGUACAACCAGGCGGGGUUCAUCCCCCCGCUGCCCUCGGGGAACCGCCUCUACGUGUAUGACAUCCGCGGCAUUGCUGUGCGCGCUGCCAUCGCCAUGGCUGAUGAUGGCGACGCUGUGGUGGUGGCGGGGAAGGGCCAUGAGACGUACCAGAUAGUGGGGCAGGAGAAGACAUACUUUGACGACCGGGAGGAGUGCAGGGAGGCACUGCAGCAUGUGGACGAGCUGCGCACGCACUUUGACACCUCGCAGCUGCCCUGGAGGAUUCUGGACAUGAGUGACAUGAAGGUUAUUCCAGAUCCUGAUGCCAAUGCAUAUUGA